AUGCCUUUUCCAUGUUCAUGUAUUUGCUUUUGCAGUACGGAUUUAUAAAUACAUGCCUGAAGUCUCUGGUGGUUGAAAAGUAUGGUGAAGAAACAUGGGAAAAAUUGAGGCUGCAGGCCGGUGUUCAGGAUUCUUUCUUGACUUUUGAGGUUUACAAAGAUGAGAUCACAAUGCAGCUCAUUGACAAAGCCUGCAAAAUAUUAGGUGUUCCUGCUGACAUGGUUCUGAGAGAGUUUGGAGAGUAUUUCUUUGAAUUCUGUAAACGCUCGGGCUAUGACCACAUGCUGAGGACACUGGGUGGAAAUCUCUAUGAGUUCAUAGAGAACCUGGAUGCAUUGCACAGCUACCUGUCCCUUUCUUACCAGGAGAUGAAUGCACCAUCUUUUAGAGUGGAAAAGAAUGAAGACGGGUCAAUGCAUUUACAUUACUAUUCAGACAGAAGAGGUCUGUGCCAUAUUGUGCCAGGAAUCAUUGGAGCAGCAGCCCUGGAUUUUUUUAACAUUGAGAUUUCAAUGGAAAUAGUCAAUCAAACAGAAGAAGAAGAAAGAACUGGGAAAAAAGAACAUAUUGUUUUUCUUGUCACUCAAAACCCUGCAUUUUCAUACAAGAAAAGAAAUGAAUUUUCUUCCUCACCUCAAUAUCUUGCUGACUCUGAAAAACAAAUUGAGAAUCAACUGAAUAAAGAGGACCUUGAAAAAGCCCAGAAUACAAUUAGAGACAGAGGAAGCUCUGUUUGUCCUGUCAAGAAAAGCCACUGGAAAACAAUAAGAGGAAUAAUCACAUUAGGAAAAGGUAAGCUCCUGAGAGGAUUUGAUCCUGUUUAUCCCAAGAGCCUCUGGAUUGACACAAAAACAUUUUGCAAUGGACUUCCUUUUCAUAUGGUUUUUGACAAAGAGCUCAGAGUGAAGCAAGCUGGGGUGAGCAUUCAAAAGAUUGUACCUGGCCUUCAGACCACGGGCAUCUGCUUGGAUCACUAUUUCAGUAUCGUACACCCAGAAGUACCCUUCAACAUCUCUAGCAUUCAGAAAUUCAUCAACAGCCAAUUUAUUUUCCAGACUAGAAGAGAGAUGAUGCCAGAGUCAUGGAAACAACGGCCAAUGCUAGAGCUGAGAGGCCAGAUGAUCUGGAUGGAGUCCCUCCAGUGCAUGCUCUAUCUCUGCUCACCUUUGCUUCGCACUUUGCAUGAAUUGGAGGAGCGACAGAUGCAUAUUGCAGACAUCGCACCUCACGAUGUGACCAGGGAUUUGAUUCUUCUCAAUCAGCAGCGACUGGCAGAGAUGGAGCUCUCUAACCAGCUGGAGAGGAAGAAGGAAGAACUGCGGAUACUGUCAAAGCACCUGGAGGAAGAGAAGAAAAAGACUGAAGCUCUGCUCUACGCCAUGCUUCCUCAGCACGUGGCCAACCAACUGAAAGAGGGGAAGCGAGUUGAGGCAGGAGAGUUCAAGGAGUGUACUAUAUUGUUCAGUGAUGUUGUGACCUUUACCAACAUUUGUGCCCAAUGUGAGCCUAUUCAGAUCGUUCUCAUGUUGAAUUCAAUGUACCUGCGAUUUGACAGACUGACCACGGUGCAUGAUGUGUACAAGGUGGAGACAAUUGGAGAUGCCUAUAUGGUAGUAGGUGGGGUCCCUGUGCCUGUACCCACUCAUGCUGAGCGAGUUGCCAACUUUGCCUUGGGGAUGAUUAUAGCAGCUAAAGGAGUACAGAACCCAGUUUCUGGAAAUCCUAUCCAAAUUAGAGUUGGGAUCCAUACAGGUCCUGUCUUGGCUGGAGUUGUUGGAGAAAAGAUGCCUCGUUAUUGCUUAUUUGGAGACACAGUGAAUAUAGCUUCCCGGAUGGAGAGUCAUGGUGUCCCGAGUAAAAUCCAUCUAAGCUCCAGUGCCUAUCAAUGCCUAAAAUACAAGAAUUUUGAGAUGACUGAAAGAGGAGAAAUAGAAGUAAAAGGCAAAGGGAAAAUGCACACAUACUUCCUCAUUAGAAAUAAAACUGCAACUGAGAAUGAGAUUAUGGGAAGGCCAAUAAAAGACUUAGAUUCUGGCCAUGAAUCUGUUCAGUCCUUUCAAGAAGGCAGGACUGAAACAAUACCAAGUUGUCAUCAGCCAGUUACUCAGACUCAGCCAGAGAAGGACCAGACCCCAGCCAUUGCAAUGAAGUAUACUGAUGGCCCCACAGAUGCACAAGACAGCCUUCGAAGAAAUCAAGCGAAAAUUGCAGAUUUAACAGGCAAAACUUAUGAUUCCAAAAGUGAUGGGAAUCUCCAUGGCAACCAGCAUGCAGAUGAUGGUCCUUGUCCUCUAAACCGGGGAAGAGUCAAACCUGCUACUGAGGAGCCACAGAUUAGAAAUGUUCGCUCUAAUUUUUGCACUUUACUCUAAGUUUCUUACUUUUUACAUUAAACAGAGCAAGUUUAUUAUGAAUUAGUGCAUUUUGCUGUUGUGGGACUGAUUUUGUAUAUCAAGUAUGGCAUGAUUUUGUAAAAAAAAAAAAAAACAAGAAAAAAAAGAAAAACAUUUCAUCACAGUUUUCGUGAAAAAGAAAACAACGGAGAAUGGGGUUUUUUUGAUUAAUCUACAUGUGCCAUAUAAUACUCCCACUGGAGAAGGAAACCACUGCAAGAUGCUUUGAAGACAUAUUCUUCAGCCUCUCCCAUGUCUUUGAAUAUCCCUAUGUAAAAAUCACUUUUUAGUAUCUCAUGCAGCAAUUGAGAAAGAGGUGACUCAUCCAGCUAGAAAUAUUCUUACUCAAACAAGCACUUGCCAUAAAAGAAACGUUCCCUGAAGUGACCAUCUGUCUUGACUUCAGCACAGCCAACAACUUCCCCAUGUAAGGUUAGCAGAGUUUCAUCUACUUUUUAACUGCAAUGACAGUUUAGUCUCUUAACAUGUCUUUUGUUGGGUAAAGGCAUUAUGCAGUAGAAGGCAGAAUAGAUCUAAUACAACCUGUAUUUUUCCAUCCUGAAGAGAAAAUAUUGUGUACUUUAUAGCACCCAACAGUAAAAAACAAACCAUCUGUGACCUUUAAACCAGCUCUCCAUGCUGUACUUAGAUGAUCAUAGGACAUGCACAUAGUAGAGUUGCAUAGCAUUGAAUGCAUUACAACACUGAAGGACUGUUCAAGGCCUAUGAACUCUCUGAGACCUUCAAAUGAGUUGCAAGUUUAUUUCUCAUUUUCUUACCCCAGCUAAACAAAAAUAAAGUUUCAGGGCUACAGAGAUCCAUUCGUGUGUUUUGAGACUAGUCUACAAUGUGAAACAAAGUACAGUAAGUGGGUUUGACUCAUUCAAGGCAGUACUCUCGACUCUGACUGAAAUGUUGAUGUAAGGGCACCCCUUAACAUUAGUACUUUCCACGGUACAGCUGAGCAGCACCAUUUAGGGAGAGUGCAGUUUUAUGAAUGGCAGGAUUGAUUGAUUUAUUUAUAAGGAUUUAGCAAUUUAGGCUCUAUUCAUUAUUUUGGCGAGGGUGAGGUCUGCUGUAGGUUGAAGAUGCAUCUAAGGAUUAUUAUUGUUAAAUUGGGUAUCAUGAUUUUAAACAUUUGACUGUGUGCUACCCUCAGACACACAGCACCUAAAUUUCACCUUCACCUGUCGUAACUUCCCCACUGGUCCAGUGCUCUUGGCUUUGCACUUCUGUGUUACGACCACAGCUUUAAAAAGACUUUCCUAAAGAAAGAUGAUACCUAAUUUAUCUCUCACUUACAGUGAUGAAGAUAUGAAGUAACAGUUAAAUUGGCACUAUUUCACUGAUUUAAGUUGAGAAUCAACUCUGACAAGACUUUUUUUGUCUCCAACCUAGAGACGCAUUUCACUAGUCCCGACUAGUCAUGCUGAUGGAACAGAGAACACGUCAUUUAACAAAUGGCAGUGGUGGACUCCAUCUUUAUCAGCAUUUUCUAUGGAGAUAUAAAGCCACUCAGCCCCAGGCACGAGUGUGACACAGGAAUGUACGUCUCUCUGUGGCCAGUGCCUCUUGCUGUCCCAGCUGCUCUUGUAGCCCUGGGGCUAAAUAGUGCUGACCACUGCUCCGAAAGGAAGGAUUUCCAACUGGAAAUUGUCCAACAAGCCUGGCCAUCAGUGAAUAGGGUUUAGUAUAUAUUCCAGGGUUUACUAUAGAUAUAUUCCAGAGCAGUUUUAGGUAGAAGCCCAGAGCUCCUCAGAACUUGUAUGGAUCCUCUUGGGAAGAAGAAAGAAAGGACCAUGGCUUAAGUGCUGCCUGCAUCUCUCUGUCCAAAUUUUAACACUUGCUUUGCUUACACCUGCCCUUUUUGCCCCGAACAAUCUAUGAAUGUUUAAUAUUGGAAUGUUUUAACUGCCAGUAAGUGCUCCAUGGUAAGUUACUUCAUGCUGUACUGUGGUAAAACUGAUGUGCUUAGUGGUUUCUCUGUGGCCCCUGCUACAAUCUGCUUCUCCUGGAGAGGCAGAACUAGGUCAAAUCUGCACAACUGCUUUUAAAUAUUAAUGUGCCUGUGCAUCAUCAUGUGUUCUUAAAUCUGUGGGCACUGCUAAAUACUGUAAAAAUAUAAUGAAAAAAAUAAAUAUUUCCAUUAAUAUACUGA